CACGCCGCGCCAUGGAUUCUAAUAUGUCCCUCGGGACGAUAGCUAACUUUACAACUAUUACGGAGAGUCCAAUUAUUGGCGCCAACCAAACCGAAUUCGAUCUUUGGGCAGUUCAAAUGGUCAGCUCGUUUUAUCUAUAUUAUACUCCAAUGCUAGUGUUCCUUGGUGUAAUUGGUAAUUUAGUAUCAAUUUACGUUUUUUACAUCAGUAAGUUAAGACUACAAUCGACAAGUCAGUACCUCUCGGCUUUGGCCUUAUCGGACACCGUAUUUCUUCUGCAAUUGACCCCGCCAUGGCUUAGCGCAACACAGAUCACUGGUAUAUUCCAUCGAGGAGGCUUCUGUCAGGUUUUCGUGUAUAUAUCAUACGUCUCUUGUUGUCUAAGUGCAUGGCUGGUCGUGUCUUUUACACUCGAGCGUUUUGUUGCCGUCAUAUAUCCGCUCAGACGCAACGCAGUGUGCACGGUGGCAAGGGCUCGAUAUGUUAUCAUCUCGAUUGUACUGGCGUCCUUAAUUUUGAAUAUACCGGUGUUGCGAUUCGCAGUACCCAGCCAUAACGAUUGCAACAUAGACAGAGAGUAUUUGGAUCACGCAGCACGAUUCAAUUUAGUGGACACGAUAGUAUCGUUUACGAUACCUCUCGCUGGCAUAGUAAUUCUGAACUCAUGGAUCAUGUUCGGCGUGUGGCGACUGGAGAGGACGCGCCGGCGGCUGAUGAAAGCAGAGCGGCCGCGAGGCCGACGGCGCGCUAGAUGCACGCGGCUGCUAGCAUGCCAACGCGCGCAACAGAGGGUCACGCGGAUGCUUCUGAUAGUCUCUUCCGUAUUCGUAAUUCUCAACCUCCCUGCUUAUACGUUUCGGGUGCUGGCGUACGCCUACGAUUUGAACACGGACGAGAUAGGAGGGCGUUGGACUGCUCUGCAACAGUUGUCUGUGAUGUUCUUCCAUACAAAUUUCGCUAUCAACUUCAUGCUGUACUGUCUCACCGGGCAGAAUUUUCGACGAGCUCUGGUACAGUCCGUACCCUGGCUGAGGAGGCGACCUUGUUUGGCAAACGCGUUGAGAGAUGAUGCUGUUUUGCCACCGAGAACUGGCAGUCUUUCAAGUUUGUCCGCAGUAUCCUACGCGAGUAAUAACACCGAGGCGACGAGCAACUUUGUCGUUUCAUCGGUGGCGACUAGCAUCAAUAACGUCAACAACAACCGGAGCAACUGCAACCGUAUCGAUCACUUCAUCACACGCUGGACGUUCGACAACACCAGGCAACGUCGCGGACUCAACCACCAGAACACAACAAUCGAUAUGCCGAUGGAAAAUGAGGCGAUCGAAAUGAGAACGAUGGGCGGUAUAUGACCCCGGAGAUACAGGACUACCAUUGGUCCUUUAUAUCGCACAACGGAAUUUUGAAACGGGUGUGUGAUGGAGGAGUGUUUAUAUUGUUAAAUUAUAUACAAACAAUUCAGCUUCGUGUACGAAUGUAGUUUAC